AUGGGUCUUCUCGAGCCCGUCGUCGCCUUUGUCUCGGCCAACUUGACCUUGGUCUUGUUGAUUGGUGUCCUCGCAGUCGGCAUCAAAUACUUCAACUUGACGGAUGUGCCGCGCAUCAAAGGCAUCCCUGAAGUCCCAGGCAUUCCCAUCUUUGGCAAUCUCAUUGGUCUCGGCGACAAGCAUGCUCUGUCAUGCCAAAAGUGGGCCAAGAAGUACGGACCUGUGUUCCAAGUACGCAUGGGCAACAAGCGUAUCGUUGUGGCCAACAGCUUCAAGUCUGUGCGAGAGCUCUGGAUUACAAACCAGAGUGCGCUCAUCUCACGACCUACGCUCUACACUUUCCACACAGUCGUGUCUUCCUCGCAAGGCUUCACCAUCGGCACAUCGCCUUGGGAUGAGUCGUGCAAGCUUCGACGCAAGGUAGCCGCAACGGCCUUGAACCGACCUGCUGUGGCGUCCUACAUGCCCAUCAUCAACUUGGAGAGCUACGCUGCAAUCCGUGAUAUGUUUACAGAUGGCGCCAAUGGUAAAGAAGUGGAUCCCAAAAUCUACUUCCAGCGUUUCGCACUCAACACCUCGCUAUCUCUCAAUUAUGGUUUCCGAUGUGAAGGUGGCAUCAACGACAAGCUGCUACAUGAGAUUAUCGCCGUUGAGAAUGCCAUCUCUCGCUUCCGUUCUACAUCCAACAACUGGAUCGACUAUAUUCCUCUAUACCGCUUGGUGCCUGCACAAUUUAGGCAGUCGGCUCCUGCAGAGUUCCGCGAAAGGCGUGACAAGUACCUUGACAAACUUAUUGGCGACCUUCGCAAGCGCAUUGCAGAUGGCACCGAUAUUCCUUGCAUCACUGGCAACAUUCUCAAGGAUCCCGAAGCCAAACUCACAGAAGCUGAAGUCAAGAGUAUUUGUCUCACCAUGGUCUCUGCUGGUCUCGACACUGUCCCAGCCAACAUCAUCCAAGGCAUCGGUUACUUGUCUACAAUGGAGGGUCAAGCAGUGCAGCAGCGCCUCUACGACGAGAUCAUGUCAGUUUACCCAGAUGGCGAUGCUUGGGAGAAAUGCCUCACUGAGGAACGUGUUCCAUACGUCACUGCCUUUGUCAAAGAAGUCCUUCGCUUCUUCACGGUCAUUCAAAUCUGCCUUCCACGAAGAAGCAUCAAGGAUAUUGAGUACAAUGGCGCCACCAUUCCAGCAGGCACUUCGUUCUACAUGAAUGCCUAUGCUGCAGACUACGACGAGGAGUACUUCGAAGACCCGUACACAUUCAACCCUGAUCGUUACUUGGAACACAACAAGAAGGACAGUUUCGGUGCCGAGCAUUACUCGUAUGGCGCAGGAUCACGCAUGUGUGCCGGUUCACACCUUGCCAACCGUGAGCAAUUUGUGGCAUAUGUCCGAUUCGUCAUGGCCUUCAAAGUGACGCCUCCUUCAAAUCCCAAGGACCUGGCUAUCGUUAAUUGCCUCGAGUCAAACGCAUGCCCAACAGCCUUGGUGGCAGAAGCAAAGGACUUCAAGGUCAAGAUCGAGCCACGCAACAAGGCGGAGCUCGUCAAAUGGCUCGAAACGAGUAAAGAGCAGACUGACUUUAUGGAUGCUUGA